UUCUGUGAGAUCCAUGCACGCGCCUCUGCCCCCUCCCUCAUCAGCAUCAGCAUCAUCAGAAGCGCGCAGAUCACGCCGAACAGCGCACUGGUUCAUCAGCAGGUGUGUGACUGAAACACAAGAUAAUCGAUAUCAAUACAUCGCCACCUAUGUGCCUAAUCUGACUCUUAUUUCUUUGGAUCAGCUAUUGGACCGUUUUGACGGUUUGAUUCCCAGCGGGCGACAGCAGUCAGUGUGGCCGAGAAGGAAAGAAAUUAGCGAGAUCAUAUUUAAUAUCCGCUUCUCCAGCGUCUGUGGAUGGGCUGCGGACAUCUGCAUCUGCAGUCUCUGUUUUUGAGUCACUAAGAAGAUGGCGGACAGAGCAGAGAUGUUUUCUCUCUCCACCUUCCAUUCCCUCUCCCCUCCGGGAUGCAGGCCGGCUCAUGACAUCAGUCUGGAAGAGUUUGAUGAUGAAGAUUUGUCUGAAAUCACAGAUGAUUGUGGCAUAGGUCUCAACUACGACUCUGACCCUUAUGAAAAGGACUGCUUAAUUCUAGAAAAGAAUGAUUUCCACCACCCAGUGUGCUCAUUCCAAAAUGACUUCCAAGAGUUUGAGAUGAUCGAUGAUGAAGAUGAAGAUGAUGAGGAAGAAGAAGAGGAUGCAGAUCCUGAUGCCCCUCCCUCACCAUCAGCAUCUCCUCCCCCCUCUCCUACUCUGGGCACCCUGAAGAGCCGCCCAACCACUCUAAACCUGACUGCACCAGUUUCACAGGAUUUGUUGUACAACAACAGCAAUGUGGCACCACAAAAGUCAAGCUGGCAGGAUUCUCUUCAAAACCCGACUUCACAGGGUUGUUUGUCUCCAAACCACUCUUGCCUUGAGGAUGGUUCCCAUGUAACUACUACAUGCCAGGGGGCUCCAGAUACCACCGGCUCUGCCAAUGGUACACCGUCAAACCCACCAGGAAAUUGUGUUCUUCAUCAGUCACCUGGCAGGCCGCUGCUGUAUGACUUUGAAGGCAACAGACGAGAGCAACCAGAAUACGGCUCCUUUGGUCAGCAUAACUUGUCAAGUGGGUCUGAGGCGAAUGAGGUGAAACCUGAUGUUGAGGAAUCCACUCUAAGUGAGCUUGUUCCCUCAGUGGAUGACUGCACUUCCCAGUGCUCUGACACUGAGGUCGACCAUGACCUGAAUGGUCAUGCCAAACGUCGACCUUGCCGCUCUCGACCCAGUGACACUUAUACUGUGACCACAGAGAGCGCUGAUGACCCAGAGCUGGAAAAUGAUGGCACCAGUAGGUGUCUGUCCUCAACCGCACCUCUUGGUAACGAUGCUGAGACUCCGCUAUCGGAUGAGGAGCUGGACAAAGAGUUUGACAUUGACUUCAUAAGUAAGGAUACCUAUGAUCAAACCUGCAAGGAAGCUGAGGCCUCUUCUUACGUUGAGUUCCCCUGCAUUGAACCAGCUGAGUCCAUUUCUGUCUCUAGCUAUGUUUCGUCCAGUCGAUCAGAUGUGCUUGAUGCUAUGGACGAACCUCGAAACAUGCAUCUGGGUCAACCUGCUGCUGCAAAUGACACAACUUCUCCUUCUUCUGAUCCUGGUAUCGCUGAUAUGAAUGCCAAACGCUAUGCGGAGUCAGACCGCCACAGCGAUGACCUUAGCUCUCCUGGAUCAGACUCUGAUAUUGAAGGGGAACUUGAGGCUGCGUUUGCAUGUGAUCCUCUUGCGAGUAACAUGAUUUCCUCCAUCUCGGAGACAGAGCUGGACCUGACCAGUGAAUCUAGCAGCGGGCGUUCCUCACACCUCACCAAUUCCAUUGAAGAAGCCAGCUCCCCAACCUCAGACCAAGAACUUGACCAGGAGCUGGACCCUGAGCAGGACAGUGGUAUUGUAGGUCUAAAAGCUUCUCUUCUUCUGGGCCAAUCUGAACCAAUUAAACAAGAACCUUCACCAGGUCUAGAUCCCGGCCCAGACAUGUUACAACUAGAUGAUGGCCAAGCUCUGAUGGGCCUGCAGAAUGUAGACGAUGAACAGGGUUAUGAGCACCAGGCUGAUCCAGACGAGACUCUUCCCCCUGCUGUCCCCUGUGAGGAUAGCGGCUCUCAGCAGCUGUUGUUGAAGAUUGAGCCUGACCACAGUCUUGAGAGCUUCAAACGCUCGUUCUAUUUGCCUGUUGGCCCCAAACUCAUGCCCUCUGUGGACGAGUAUGAUGGUAACAGUGAAGGAGAAUCAGAGUCAGAUUCAGAGGACGAGCUCAGUGAAAACUCUGAUUCUCCUUGGCUUCUCAGCAACCUGGUCAACAGGAUGAUCUCAGAAGGCUCCUACCCAAUCAGCUGCCCAGAAGAGUGCCUCAAACGCUCAGCCUCCAUCUCUGACACCAUUUCACCCUCAUCGGACCUGGAAACAGAUACUUUCAAUGAGAAGGAUGCCUGCGAUUCACAAAAGCAGAAAUCUGAAGAAAAGUCACAGGGGGUGACCUCUGAAAAGUCAGAGAUGAGACUGGAUGAAGAGAAGGAGAGAGAAGCCAGCUAUGUAUCUGAAGAGGGACAGAAGGAAAGCAAGAGAACGGACUCUUGUCUGUACAUGAGCAACCCCAUAUAUGGCAAUGCUACACCCGUCUUUACCGAGGGAUUCGAAAUGAGGGCAAAGAAUUAUGAAUCGGAGGACUUCCCAUCCCAAAGCUCCUUAAAAAACAAGCAGAAAGAAGAAGAGGAGGAGCCUAAUAAUGACUUGAUGAUGGAGAGAAUGAAGGAGCUGGAGUCUCCCAGCUUGAGCGAGAGCAUAAUCAGUGACAAGGACGAGGGACGGGAGACACGGAUCGAUCAGAUCACUUUGCAGCGAAUCACAGAAGUCAAAAACAGCCUUACGCUGGACAUCCCAACAGCACAGACCAAUCACUGUUUCAGUCUUACGUACUCGACAGAUAAUGAUGAAGAUGAGCAAGAUACCUCCCCUUUUCUGGAGGAUCUUCACAAGGUACAUUCACCCUAUGGAAACGAGGCUUACUUGGACAGCUCCCCACCUAUUGACGAAAGUGUGCGAGAGUUGAGGAACAUAACUUCUGACCGGCCCAUCGAUGACUCCUUGGCAUAUGAUUCAAUGAAGUACACCCUAGUGGUGGAUGAAAACACAACCCUUGAGCUGGUGAGCCUGAAGCGCUGUACCUCUGUUCUUAGUGAGGACAGUGAUGGACUCUCUACUAUCUGUGAUGAAGAAGUUGUUGAUGAAGAUGAAGACAUUUAUGGGCAGGGCCAGAUGGUAGGAGGCAUGAGACCAGAUUUGCUGUUAAGCUCCUCUGAAGAAGACUCCUCCCCCGAGGCGGAUUUACCUUUCUCAAAGAAGUUCCUCAAUGUGUUUGUCAACAGCACGUCACGGUCCUCCAGCACAGAGUCCUUUGGGCUUUUCUCGUGCACUAUAAAUGGAGAAGAAAGAGAUCAGACUCACAGAGCAGUCUUCAGGUUCAUCCCACGACAUGCAGAUGAGCUGGAGUUAGAUGUUGAUGAUCCAUUAUUCGUUGAGGAAGAGGAGGAUGAUUACUGGUACCGUGGGUACAACAUGCGCACAGGGGCCAGAGGAAUUUUCCCAGCGUACUAUGCCCACGAGGUUGUUGGCCAAACAAAAGACCUGUGUGUUUCCAUAGCAAUGAAGAGGAACCCUGCUUGGAUGGAAAGCUUCCGAGUGCAGUUCCUGGGUUCAGUGGAAGUUCCUUAUCACCAAGGCAACGGCAUCCUGUGUGCUGCCAUGCAGAAGAUCGCUAUGGCAAGGAAGAGGACGGUGCAUCUUCAUCCCCCAUCUAUUUGUGAGCUGGAAAUAAGCCUGCAGGGUGUGAAACUAGUCAUGAGUUUGGAUGAUGAGUAUGACCUUUCAGGGGAGUUUGACAGAUGUAGUCACUUCUUCCAAAUGAAAAACAUCUCCUUCUGUGGAUGUCAUCCUAAAAACAACUGUUAUUUUGGUUUCAUCACCAAGCACCCGAUGCUGAACAGGUUUGCAUGUCACGUCUUCGUCUCACAGGACUCCAUGAGACAUGUAGCUGAGUGUGUGGGACGGGCAUUCCAGGAGUACUACCAGGAGCACUUAGAAUACGCCUGUCCUACCGAAGAUAUCUACCUUGAGUAAAGGAGGAAAAGGGUAACCAUGGCAACUGGCUGUCCCUCACGACAGAUGUCUGUUCCUGGGCUUGGCCACUACGAGGCGCCUGGCAGCCUUCUCAAAUGUAACAUAGGCCUCAUCUCUUUAUUCUCUUCCUCAGUUUCUCUUGUUCUCUCGACAUGAACUGAGCUGAAUACUUUACAUAUAGGCUCUUAGUGGUCUGUCUAUUUAUUUAAAUGUUUAUCAGUUAAUUUAAUCUCUUCACUGAGAUGGAUUGCUUGUUUAUUUAACUUUUCUACUAUAUAAUUAGGGACAUGGUUUUGGGGUGGAUACAUCAGUUUUAACUUUUCUACUAUUAUAUAUAUAUAUAUAUAUAUAUAUAUAGUCCUGGUGUAGAAAAGGCAACAUAUGACUUCACAUGUUUGAUUGCAUGGCUUUCAGGGUUAUGCUCACAAACACACAUACACACACACACAGGAGAUCUAACAAUGUCUAAAAGCAAAAGGCGAUCAGAGGUUUGAAUCUGAAGACCAGGAUUUUUUGUAAAUAUGUAUUUGUCCGAUUCUGAUACAUUGCUGUACUGGGUUUGUACUAAAGAGAACAGGGCAGUAGGACGUGACCUGGAAUCAUUGAUGGGUCUACAGAUUGUCUGUUCUGAUGUAGUAGAAGGCUUACUGUACGUUUCUGAUUUUACUGCAAUGUAAAUACUGUACAAAUAGAGAUGACUGUAGGUGAAUACAGAUGCUACAAUACAUCACGGUAUGCAAAUAUCCUGCGCCAUCUGUCUGCGAAUGAAAAAGUGGGACGGAUUGCAGGUCAGCAGGCUGGGUGUAGAUGGAUCUAGAGAUGGUUCGGUGAGUCUAAUCAAGUCAUAUCUGGAGCAUAUUUGACCCCAAAAUCACAAUAAACUAUUAAGAAAUUAUAUUUUGUGGAAAGAUGAUUAUUUUUUGCAACUGUGACAUUACAUUUAUAUCAAUGUUUAACAUCCACAAUUACUGUAAUUCAUCCAGAUGUUUCAGUUUUUGAGGUUUUGUGUAUAAUUUUAAUUAUUUACAUUGCCAUUGUGACAUUUCCAUCACAGUUAAACACACACAAUUAUUGUAAUGCAUCCAGAUGUUUUAGUUCUGGGUUUAUUUUUAGUUGGUUUUCAUUGAUGAUUCUCAGUAAUACAGUUACAAAAAUCAUCCUGACAAUAUUUUUUAUUUCAAAUCGGCAUGCAAUUAGGGCUGUGCUACAAAUAUUACCAUUAUAUAUAAAUAACUUACAAUGAUUGUAUCAUUCAUAUCAAUAUUUAUUCAAAUCAUUAAUAAUAAUAAUGGAGAGUGAGGUGAGGGAAUGUGCUAUAUUGUCAUGAAACAGAACAGGCUUUAUUUUCGUGCACAAUAAAAGUUAUAUAUUUUUCAUUUAAUUUUGGGGUAAAAUAUUACUCAGAUAUCGACUUUGUGUGAUUCACCCGGUUGGCUAUGCUAUAGCACAGUCCUUUGGGCAUUCAGUCAGAUAAUAUUUCUCCAGCUCUCAAACCUGACAGCCCCUCUACUUACCAUUGUCUGCUGUCUUGUAUGAUCGUCAGGUUGAAAUGACACGUUUAAGCCUGAUAUAGCCCACCUCUCAUGCUUUCAACAUUUGCAGGUAGAUAUUUCAGAGAGAUGCAAUGCUUACAGACAGUAAGCAUAAUGAGUAAAAAGACUGUCCCAAUUAAUUGGGAAACACACUGAAUGCAGGAGUAUUUUACCAGUGGACUGGAUAAUUUACUGCUCAGUUAAUUUGCAGGACAAAUACUGCUUCAUAUUAAACCGCUAAAGAAUGAAAUACCCUUAUUCUGUCCUGUGAAACAAUGAAUAAGUGAAUGUUAUUUAUGUAGAUGCCAUGUGAUUAUAUAAUAAGCUCAGGACAUCUGAAAACAAUCUUCGUGUAUUGUUUUGUCUCAGCUCUCUUACUUCUAACUAGCCCUUGUCCUGACCUUGACCGCCGCUGCUGAGACUGAACAGAACAGAUCCCCCUGCUGGCUUCAUACAAUAAUGACCUACAAUAAUAUUUACCUCAUUCAAUCUGAUGAAUGCAAUUCAGGGCCAUGCAACAGCUCACAAUCAGAAUCAUGAUGUGAAGACAUUCAGGUAAUAUUACAGGAAAAUGUGUGUAGUUCUAUUUAAAAAUGGCUUGAUUUUAUCCAAGAUGCUAUAUGUGGUACAUGGAUAAGUCAAAAUUAUGAAGAGAUUACAUAUUUUUCAUCACACCCUGUCAGGUAACUUCCUGUUUUAUUAUCUAGAAAUGAAGGGCUGCGUUUGGAAUGAAGUGGAAUAUUAGCAUACUGCAUACUACAUACUGUGUAAACCUCAUUACAUUACAAAAAUCCGUCUUAAGAUUUAUCAGUCUGUCAAAAUAAUAAAUCAAGGAGAUUCAGCAUUCAGCAUCCUGGUCUUUGUGUUCUUUUAUACUGCACAUUUUGGCAAAACAUCUGAAUUUUUCAUGCACACUGCAUUGGGGGUAUACUAGUAUGCAUAGUAUGGUAGUAUGCUAUUUUGAACACAGCCCAACGUUCCCUGCACACGGGACUGUAUGCUCCAGCAUCCUGCAAUCUGUUUCCAUGGUUACCCGUUCAUUUGUGACGGUGACACUCUCACGGAAGGAGUUUUAUGUUUUAAAUGUGUCUUGUUUUUGGUUAGAUUGCUGUAAAUAUUCUAGAGUCAGGAUCACCAUGCUGUGUCCUUUCUGUUUAGUAUGUUAUUGAGAUUAAUAUGUAAAUUUAAAAGAAAUAAGAUGAUAAUAAUAAUGUCGACGAUAACAAUCUUACAACCAAAAGCCAACUGUGAUGGGGUGAAAAGAUAUAAAUAGCUUUGAAUUGGUAUUUGUAUCUUUCCUUUAUCUGCUUUACAUCGGUAUUCAUCUGUUGUUGGAUGUGUGGUCACCAUGUGCGGAAUAACAUGCAAUCGCUGACUUUCUAACAGAUCCGCCGUGUCAUUCAGAUCUUCAUUCACAAACAGACAUGCAUCAAAUGCCCAAAAACUCAUUCAUCAUUGAAUGUAAUGGGUCAAAUCAGCAAUUUUGUCUCAUUUAUGAACAAAUAUAAAUCAGAGCUCUAAAUCCUUAGUUAUGACUGUUACAUGACAUUUUUUUGGUGUGUGUGUUCAUACAGUAAAUGAAUAUCUUAAAUAUUUUAGCCUUCACUUCAGCAAUUUGUAGUGACAAGUUGGCUGUGAAACCCCUAACACAUUCAGGCAGAGCAUCUAAUACUUCUUGAUUACUUAAGCUUGGGUAGCUGAAAUACAAUUACAAGAAAUACAAAGUUCUGGACUAAAACGUACAUAAUUCAGUCCUUCACUGUAUAACAGAAACAGCUUCAGUAUGACAAAACUAUGUAUCUUGUAUCUUUAAAAAUUACAACUUGUAAAGAAAAAACAAAAAACAUGAAAAAAAAAUCUCACUGCCUUGUCAUGGAUUUGGUCUUAUGAAUAAAAUACUAUAUGCUUGAUGUCA